GAACAUAGAAAAACUAUCCAUUUCAACAAAAGCAUAUUUGAAUCUUUUUUAAUAUGUAAAAAUUUGAUAAACUUGCCUAGAAUAAUAUUUCGAGGAAGGCCAGUUCUCUAACCGCACAUAUCUCACCGAUCUUCAGUCGACUAUUUUUAUGUAUAGCAAAAAACUCUUGGAGCGACAAAAUUUUAAUUUAGAUUCUGUCCAUCUUACUUUCUGCGAACCAGAAACCAAGUCACUGGUAUGAAAAGUUGGGCUUAACCAUACCUUCAGCUGGAAAUUUUUUUCUAAAAUAACUCUAAGAUUAGUUAAAAUUAAGUAAGCUUUUAAAGUAAAAUCAGGGAAUGUAUUUUUGAAAGAGUUUGAUAGAGUCCAAAGACCCUAGACCAUGUUGCCCAUGGUGGAUAAGUUACUCAGUGGGAACACAAGUUCGACCGUUUCACUGAAAAGCGCUCUGUGGAAUUUCGGUAUCAACGAAAAUAUUUCCUGUUAAAUAAAUAACAUUGUAAAAAGUUAAACUAAGUUAAGAUAUAGCUAUAGUUGCAAUAUAUAAUAAAAUGUUUAAGUCCUUGAUUUAUGACCCAAGAAAGCGGAAAUCGAAAUAUCGAUAAAUUUUGUUUCGAAAGAAUAGCUAUGUUUGAAUCUAUUGCCUCUCGCUCAGUCUAGUACGUCAAAGGAUUUUGAUUCACUUUUCUUUCGGUGAAACAUUCAGUGCAGCAUGAGCCUGAAGUCCAGUGCAAGGAUUAAGAAACGCCGCUCGGAGGCAGCGGCUGCCACGUACCCGGUACCAUCUCCGGUUCAGGCGGGGAACGGUGCCACAUCCUCCACACCGAGUCCUGCCGUUACCACACAAAAUCCAGGAAAUGGCACUCAAAAUCCUUGCCAGAGCUCCUCCAAGAAGCACAGUUUCGUGGGACGCAAUCCCAACUUUGACACUGAUGAGACCAAGUUGCUUAUACAAUUGUGGGGCGAUCCCAAGUUGCAAAGGACCCUCAUCACCACCCACAAGAAGCACGCCGUGAUCUGUCAGCUGGCCGCCAAAAUGCAGGAGUAUGGCUAUCAUCGUUCGCCGGAGGAGAUUACCACGCGCAUCAAGAACCUUAAGUGCUUCUAUAACCGCUUGAAAAAGGACAAGGAGUGCGGCGGCUUGUCCAAUGAUUCGGAGCCCAGUUGGAAACACUUUGCCGAGAUGGAUGCCAUCAUGACUAGACCGAUUUUCAGUGUGCGACCCAAUGAGGUUCCUGCUCCUUCGCUCAAAUACCAACUGGAGCAGGCUCUGGAGGAGCACGCCGAGCGUCGCAGACGCCGGCUAGAGAACGGCGAGGAACUGUCCGACAGCGAUAACGAGGAAGAUGACAUGCUGCUCUCUGCUUUGGUGACCAAAAACAAGGAGUCCAUGAACCGAAAGGAACUGGAGGCUGGCUGCCUGGAAUCCGACCUCGACAUGAACGAAGAAUCAUUCUCCAAGCGUCGCAAACUCUCCGCCGACGUGGAUAUUGACAUUGGCGAGGCUCUGACUUCACCGUGCAUUAAAAACGAGCCUGCCCAAGAGGUGGAAACUGCUCCCGUGGUUCCGCCAGUUGAGCCCGAGCCCGAGGAAGACGAUGACUGCAUGCUUCUGCCGCAGCCCAAGGAAGAACCCAUCGAUGUGGACGCUUCGGAUGAUUCGCCAAAUGAGAAAUCUCCUAGUUCUAGCUCAUCAUCGACUUUGGCUGACAUGUUGCAGCGGAAUAAGCCCGCCAAUCUACUCCCCUUCACCGGAGCCAAUGUCAUCAUCCCGGCCAGCAUCACCACCACCACGGCUAGCAUCAGCUCAACCACGCAGAGUUCAACCAAUACUCCGAAUAAAUUGCAGGGCGGCAAGAUAUCGCUGGUGCCCACGAAUUUCCUGAUGCAAUCCAAGCUGCCGUCUGCCACGGGACCAAGUCCCAUGCCAAACGCUAAAGGAGCUGCUCCCCAACUGCAGCUGCUGCAGAGUGCCAUCAACCAGGGUGCUCGUCUGAUGAUCAGUGGAUCGGCUGCAGCACCGGCACAGCCAAGCAACGCCGGUUUGGUGGCCACCGCACCCGGAGGAGUUAAGUUCGUGUUGGUCAAUGCGGAGCAGGCCAAGGCGGCAGCAGCUGCUGCCGCUGUGGGAAAGUCAUCGGCUUCCCUUCCCUUGGCCACUGCUCAAGCUCAAGUUCAGGCCGCGGUUCAACAACAGCAGCAGAAGCUUCAACAGAGUUUCCAACAGGAGCAACAUCUGCAACACCAGCAGCACAUCCAGCUGGAGAAGGAGGAAACACGAAGGGUUCAAGAGAAAGCCCGCGAGGAUCAGCAGACUAAGCGAACUAUGACGACAGCCAUCAGACUCCUUUUACGCCAGCUGGUGAAUUCCCAAAACGAGUCCAACGAGAUCCAGCACAAUCGUCUAUCCCUGGAACGCGAGCGCCUCGACUGGGAGAAAUCCAUGGGCGAUCGCCUGCUCAACUUAUUGCCAAGUCUUUUGCAGCCGGCUGCUGCUAGUUCGCCAUGCUCUAGUGCCCAGCGCCUGCAGCCACCUAAAUUGCUUUUCACGACCGCUCUGCCUAUGGGAAAUGGCACCGUCGCCAUGCCGCACAUCCUAACAUCCAAUUCGUUGCCCAAGGUCAUACCCAGCACAAGCUGCAAUAGUGGCGUAGCGGUGGCAGGAUCAGGAAUAGGAGGAUUGGUUGCCAGUAUGGCCACCCAGCUGGUGGACAAUGACGUGCAGUUAGUAACGCCCAAGCAGGAGAAGGAGGCCUGAACCGAAGUGGAACUAGUCGUGUUAAGUGAUUGAUAUUACAAGCAUCUUUCAGUGAUCUCAAAGAAAUGAUAUUCUGGUCUUUACAUUAGUAUACUCUAAAAUGACUCCUAUAAAUAAACACUGAACUAGUCUCGCAUUUUAAGAGUAUUUCUAUUUCAUAUUUAAUCCGGUUCUGUAUUGAUCUGGAAUUUAAUAAAGUUACAUUUUAAUAGUAUAGUAUUUUAAAAAUGGUCCUUGUCAAUAUCAAUCAAAACAUCAAAUCAGGUAAGGGCCCCACUUAUCUUUCAAAUGGUCUUAAAGUUAGAGCAAACAUGGUAAUCCAGAUCAGUUAUUCU